CUGUAGCCUCAAGUCAUGUCCUGCAACACCCAGUGCCGUCCCUGCCAACCCUGUGGCCCCACCCCGCUGGCCAACAGCUGCAAUGAGUGCUGUGUCAGGCAGUGCCAGAGCUCCACUGUUGUCAUUGAGCCGCCUGCUGUGGUUGUGACCCUGCCCGGGCCCAUCCUCAGCUCCUUCCCACAGAACACCGUGGUGGGAUCCUCCACGUCUGCUGCUGUUGGCAACAUCCUCAGCUCUGAGGGAGUGCCCAUCAACUCUGGGGGCUUUGACCUCUCCUGCAUCACCAGGCGCUAUGGUGGAAGGAGGGGCCUCCCCUGCUAGUGGUGUUGGGCGUAUGUAGGUCUUGGGAAGUGUCCCCAGGAUCUCCAGGCAUGGUGCUGAACAAAGGAAGAAUCUUCAGGUCAUUUCUUUCCCAGGAACUGACCAUCUUUAGUUCCUCCUGAAAAUGCUGGAAGGAAGGGCCCAGCUCAGGCACUUCGAAAGCAUGCCCUAUGUCUUUCCUACAUGUCUCCUUGUUUCUAUUUUCAUUGUGUCCUUCUGCUCCCCUCGGCCACAAGGCUCCUCCAAGCUAGCCUGGACUCUACAGGCAAGGCAAAUGGAUGCCCUGCAUGGACUUCACCCUGGCCAAGAGGUGAAAUAUCUUGCUUGUCCCGCCAGAUCCCUGCACUGAGGGCCUGUGCUUGUAACAACCUUGAUUCCCUCUUUAAA